AUGAAGCAAGAGACUGUUAUUCAGAAAUUAGAUGAAUAUGCAAAAUUAGUCUCCCAAGAUGAAGACAAAAGGCAGGUUAAAACCAGAGGUGAAAGCUUGAAGAAGAAAUGUGUUGAUAUGCAUAUCAGCCAGUCCUCUGAUUCUGAAAGAUGUGACAGUGUAGAACUUGAUGAUAAAAUAAGGAUUUUGAUCAAGAAGAAUGAUACUCCAGAGUCCUGUAAGAAACCAGAAAACAGUGCCUUAAAUGCCUUUGAAAAAAGCAAGAGCCAAAAUUGUUCAGGCCAGAGACAAGUUGUUAUGGAAUCCAAGAAAACUUCGGAAGAAUGUAUAUUUACAACGAACUUAACAGACAUAUCACUGCAGCAAAAAAUUAUAUCAUUAGAAAAGCAGAAGCAGGAGCUUUUGUCAGUGAACAAUCAAUGGGAUCAACUAUUCAGGCAGAUGAAGCAGCGUUGUGAGAAAAAGAUCACAGAAAUGAAAGCAAAACUGGAAACUGUGCAUAAGAUUGUUAAGGAUCUUGAACGAGAAAGAUAUCAAACACAGGAAGAGUGCAAAAGACUGGGAGAUCUGAUGAGAAGCCGAUUAGCUCAGGAAAUGAAAGACAAGAACACAUUGAGGAAAGAGAACAGUUUUUUGAAACAGGAAACUACCUUUACAAGCAGAAAGAAGAUGUUUUAUGAAUGUGAAAUAAAUCGACUCAACAAGAGAUCUCAUGUUGAGGCAUUGGAUAGAAAUUGCAACCAAGAAGAGAUGGGAAUGCAAAUCGAACUUCUCUGGGAACAGAUUCAGAUUUAUGAAGAAGACUUAAAAAAGGAAAGAUACCACAGAGAGAGAUUCGGUGAAGAGAAGAAACUUUUGCAAAAACUUAAUGAGCAAUCAGAGUUCCAGCUGAACAAAUUAAAAUUUCAGGCAUCAGGACAUUGCAUACAUUUACUAAAGGGUGGAGCUUGUGCUGUGACAGUACAGCACUGCUUCUGUUUAACAAUAUCAGCUUGUGAUACUGGUAUAAUGUGA